UGUGAAGGUAGGGUCACUCCGCUAAAUAUCAAAGUAGCGACGAGAAUAAUUUGCAAUUGACGACCCGUUCCAAAUCUGUCUUUUAUGACCAGUCUCCAUCGAUCAAUCAAGUAGCUACGUAAAUUUGAACUCAAUGGAACAAAGGGUGGUUAUCAGACACAAUUGGCCAACUGCCCGAUAAGGAGAUCGAGAUCGGCGGGGUCGCGGGGACACCCGAAGAUCUUGCAUUAUUGACGUUUAUUUAGACCUCGUCUUACAAGUAUAUUCUCACAAUCACAGGAAAUACUGCUCGAUACUUCGCGUACUCUCAGAUAGUAUACUAUCUGGACUGUUACCCGCAAUGGCGAACACAAUGGACAAGGCAGUGCUCAAGCAAGUGCAGAUUGCACUACAGAAUGCCGAUGUCGAGCUUCAAGACAUCAACAAAAAAAUAUGGUCCAAUCCCGAGCUCGCGUAUAACGAACACAUGGCCCACGAUAAUAUUUGUGCGAUGUUUGACAAUCUAGCCACUACACGAUCCUUGAAUUAUCAGAUCCGCCGUAAAACAUACCAACUUGACACAUCUUUCGAGAUCGAAUACAAAAAGGGAGACGGUGGCCAGGUCCUCGUUUUCAAUGCCGAAUAUGAUGCAUUGCCAGGUAUCGGACACGCGUGCGGCCACAAUUUGAUUGCUACGAGCUCAAUAGCAGCAUACAUUGCCACCGUAGAAGCAUUAGAAGCUCUUGAUACCUCUUCUCUACCUGGUUACACCGUACGAUUACUUGGUACUCCAGCUGAAGAAGGUGGCGGUGGAAAACUAAGGCUUAUCGCGGCCGGAGCAUAUAAGGGUGUCGAUGCAUGUCUGAUGGUUCACCCAGUUACCCAGGGAAACAAUGAUGCAUCUGUGCCUGGAGUCCAUAUCGCAGGUCCCGAAUCAUUUCUUGCUAACAAUAAGAUUAGAAUACGCUAUACUGGUUCAACCGCUCAUGCAGCUGGAGCGCCAUGGGAGGGCAUCAAUGCUCUUGAUGCAGUCGUGUCUGCUUACGUCAACAUCUCUCUUUUACGGCAGCAGAUUAUGCCCUCACAAAGAGUACAUGGAGUCAUUGUGAAUGGUGGCGAGAGACCGAAUGUCAUUCCAGGCUCCGCAAGCCUCCAUUACUAUAUACGGUCGCCGGAUACGAAGUCAUUGAACGCACUCACAGAUAAAGUUAUCAGGUGCUUUGAGGGUGCAGCGACGGCGACCGGUUGUAAAGUGGAGUUUGAAUGGAUCAACAGCUAUCAGGAGUUGAAGAACAACAAGCCCAUCUGCGAGGUUUAUACAGAGACGCUAAAGGCAAUGGGGCAUCAAUGCUUCCUCAGUGAUAGUGAAAUGAAGGGUUCUCUAGAUGGUGCCUCAACCGAUAUGGGGAACGUCAUGCAUCAAGUACCUGGGUUUCAUGCCCUGUUUCAAAUCCCAACAGAUGACGGAGCUGGAAAUCAUACCCAUGGCUUUACUGCCGGGGCAGGCUCAUCAGAGGGGUACCGAAGAAGUAUUGUUUGUGCAACUGGGAUGGCUGUAGUUGGCUUGCGGGUUUUGAUGGAAAACGAAUUCGCCAAGUCUGUCAAAGCCGAUUUUGAAAGGGCACUAUGAGCAGUGCGUAAUGAAGUGAUAUUUCUUUUAUCCUGUUGUCUAAUUCAUGUUAUUGUCGAACUGGUGUCUUCCUUAGUUAUUAUGGCUUUGGAAUUGCAGGGCACAGCGGAGAGUCAAUGAACUUUAAGUCUGGAGUCGAUGGGUAAGAGAAA